UAAGUAGUUUGGGGCAUUAUAGUUUUUGGAAGGAUAUUGGAUCACAAUGUGACGACAGACUUCUGUAUAUUUGGUGUACACUCCCACCUGUCACUGUGUCUGACUGAACAUUACACAUUUGCCCAUCACCAUGGACCAAAGUGACAAUGACAUGCAAGGCACUGAUGGUCCAGGGAUUCUUGGGGGUCCGGAUGUCCGGAGACGGAUUCCUAUCAAGCUGAUAUCGAAACAAGCUGUCCGGAGCAAGCCCGUCACCCGCUCCCAGAGACCUGCCAGCCGGUUACCCUCCAAAAUCCAGCCUGGAGAGGAUGAUGAGUUUGCCUUCAAGCUGGAAGAGAGGUUUGAGUGCAAGUCCGGAGAUGCUUUUGGGAGCCAGAGACGGUUUCCACAGCCUAUGUUCUGGGACUACAAGCUCAAUCUACUCGGUGAGAAGGAUGAGACACCAGUUCAUUUCUGCGACAAGUGUGGCCUACCUAUAAAAGUCUAUGGACGCAUGAUUCCAUGCAAGCACGUAUUUUGCCACGACUGUGCUGUGCUCCACGAGAAGAAGAUGGACAAAAUGUGCCCAGGUCUGACCCUAUACAGCUGCACAGACGCCGUCCAGCGCAUUGAGCAGUGCCUGCGAGGCUCCCUCUACAUGUGCAGCAUCGUCCAGGGCUGCAAGCGCACCUACCUGUCCCAGAGGGACCUGCAGGCCCACAUCAACCAUCGCCACAUGAAAGCAGCCAAGUCUGGAGGUGGAGGAGGGGGCCACCCCAGGCCAGAGUCGUUGCACCCACCCCCGGCGUCCUCCGACCCUCAGGACCGCUUUCGCUUGCUCCCGCCCCCGCACCUGGCCAAGCCGCACCCUCUCAUCCCCCCUCCGCUGCAGGGCCACGAUCCUUUUGGCCAGCCUCCUCCCGUGUCGCCUUCCACCCCGUCCUCCUCUGAGCUGGGCCCUGGCGGCCCCCCGCGACCCCCGCUAGGCCAGGAGACCUUCCGCAUCUCCACAGUGUCCACGCGCAAGCAUAGCAACCUCAUCACCGUGCCCAUCCAGGACGACUCUGGGAGCCCCGCCCCUUCACGUGAGCCCCUCCCCCAGCAAGCUCAAGGACCGCCCCCUCCCCACCAUCACCAAGGAGACUACCCAAGCCAGCCACACCCCCACCACAUGAUGGCCCCGCCUCAGCCUCAGCAUUAUGGCCCGCCCCCUCCGCCCCCUCCUCCUCUAAGCCAUCCCAUGCAGCACCCCUCCCAAGGCCCUGGGACACCACAUAUGGUCUACAGUCAGGCCCCACCAAUGACAUCCGGCCCCCCACCCCUCACCCCGCCCCCGGGCCACAUCAUGAACCAGAUGCCCCCCUUCAUGAAUCAUCCACCCCCCCCAGGUCCAUUGCCACAGCAUGGGGGGCCCCCUCCAGUCAACGGCCCCCCUCCACACCACUACAACCCCAGCUCCAUGCAGCAGGACCAAGGCACUCUCAGCCCACCCUUCAACCAACCAGGGGGACUGAGUCCAGGGAUGUGGCCGGCCCCCAGGGGCCCGCCUCGCAUGCAGGGACCCCCACCCCAGGGCCAGAUGCCCGGCCCCCACCACCCAGACCAGUCUCGCUACAGGCCAUAUUACCAGUAACAAAACCAAUGUUGGUCGCUUUACAAUGAUGAUUAAUAACAGACUUUAUUAGGGGUUAACAAAUCUAGCUUGUUCGUUUGAAAAAUUGAAUUUGAGUGCGGUCAUUUGUGGUAGUUUAUCAUUGCCAAAGACUUGCAAUUGCAAAUGUUUUGCACCUUAGUGUACAAACGGCACCCUUCAUGAAUUGAGCAAUGGAUGAAUCAUGUGAAUACAAAUGUGUUUCCACCCCAUAUUAUUUUGUCUUUGGAGCAUUGUGAUUUGGCUGAAAUAGACAGUAUUUUGUUGGUAAAACCAUAAUGCUGUGUAACAGCAUGUGAAAUACAAAGAGCUCCAUUAUAUUGAUCGAAGUCACUAUGUAAAUUCAAUAUAAAUAUUUUUAUAAUAAAAUUAAACUCAAA